AUGAGCGAGAAAACCGGCGAAAGCUCUGCCGACGAAAAGAGCGAUGAUGACGUUCGACCGACCUCUGCUUAUUUCUAUUGGAUGCUUCAGCAUCGGCAGCGAUUGAUCGAGGAGAAUCCCGGCCUAUCGGUGACCGAGCUUGCUGAAGUAGCCGGUGAGACCUGGAGACAGCUGCCCAACAAGGAUAGAUGGAUAAGACUGAAUAAGGAGGCCAAGGCUAAAUGGGACAAAAAGCACGGCAGGGUUGCCGAUGAUGGUGCAGACGAAGUCAGCGAGGAUAGCGGAGAGGAUGAGGAUCACGAUGAGGAUGGAAUCAGUAUCGAAGUUAGUCUCGAAACGUACGGCACAGCAGGCACCAACACGUCUGAGAGAUCAGAAUCGAAGCGCACCGAGGAGCAUUCUAAGGAGGAGACAUAUUCGAGCGAGGAUCGCCGUCAUGAGAACGAUUCUGAGGGAGGAUCACAUGACGAGGACGAGGAUAUAUCUGCGAGCCGAUCUUCGGAAUCGAGGAAAAGAAAUGCUAAGCGCAAAAGCGACAAAAUCAAUGUCGCUAACAAAAAAGAUGUACGGAGGUCGGAAGAGAAGUCGAAGGAUACGAAAGAUAAGACAGCUAAAGACAUGAAGUCAGGGACCUAUCAUCAUGUGAAGGAUGGACAGAGGAAUCCCAGGAAGAAGGGGAACACGAACGACGCUGACGGGAGGUCUAAGGUAAAGAAAGAGCCAGAGGCUCGAAAGAGAAAGGCUUCAGUAGCUCAGAAGAAGUCCGAUGAUAAAAAGGCUGGGGGGGCUUCGGAGCAGUCUAAGCACAGGAAGGGUUCACUGGCUCAGAAGACGCUCAAUAAGGAAAGUAGGGCUCAGGCUCCUGAAAAGCCCAAGAAGAAGACCAGUCCGAAGGCUAAGAAGGCUUCUGAUCAGAAAGAUAAUGAGAAAGCUAGGAACGAGAAGUAUUCGAAGACUCAGAAAAAGACUGAUGGAAGGGAGCCUGGGGCUCUGAAGGAGCCUGGCAAGGGAAAUAGGGGGAGGCCGAAGAAGGGCGAGGAUCCGAAUGCUCCGAAGAAGUCCGAUUGGAGAAAAGAUGAUAGGAACGAGGAGUAUUCGAAGACUCGGAAGAAGUCUGAUAAGAGUAAAGAGACAGAAACCCAGAAGAAGUCUGAUAAGAGAAAGGAGCCAGAAACUCAGAAGAAGUCCGAUAAGAGAAAGGUGUCAGAGGCUCAGAAGAAGUCCGAUAAGACAAAGGAGGCAGAGGCUCAUGAAGAAAGGAAGGAGUUAGAGCCUCAGAAGAAGUCCGAUGAGAGGAAGGAGUUAGAAACUCGGAAGAAGUCCGAUAAGAGAAAGGAGUCAGAGACUCAAAAGAUUUCCGAUAAAAGAAAGGAGUCAGAGGCUAUGAAGAAGUCCGAUAAGAGGAAGGAGUCAGAGCCUCAGAAGAAGUCCGAUAAGAGAAAGGAGCCAGAAACUCAGAAGAAGUCCGAUAAGAGAAAGGAGUCAGAGACUCAAAAGAAAUUCGGAAAGAGUUUGGAGACAGGGAUCCCGGAGAAGCCUGGGCACAAGAAGAAGAUGAUGAUGGACGGAAGGUCCAAGAUUGAAGAAGAGCCAGAGGCUCCAAAGAGAACCCUAAGCCAGAAGGCUUCGCGGGCUCAGAAGGAGUCCGUUGCUAGAAAAGCGAGCGGAGCUCUGAAGGAGUCUGAGCAUAGAAAGAGUUCAAAGGCUCAGAAGUCCGGAAAGGCAAGUGAGGGACAGGCUCCAGAGGAGCCUAGGGACAAAAGGGAUCCGACGGCCCAGAGGGAUUCUGAUGAGAAAAUUACUGGAAAGGCAAGCAGGAAACAGGAUUCAAAGACUCAGGAGAAGCCUGAUGAGAAAAAGGCGCCGGAGGCUCCGAAGAAGUCUGAGCUUAAGAAGAAUUCGAAGGCUCGGGUGAAAUAUGAGAUCGGGAAGGAUUCUAAGGCUCAGAAGAAGUCUGAGGUCGAGAAGAACUCAAAGUCUCACAAGGAGUCUGAGCUCGGGAAGAAUUCAAAGGCUCAGAGGAAAUCUGAGCUCGAGAAGAAUUCUGAGGCUCAGAAGCAGCCUGGGGUCGAGAAGAAUUCAAAGUCUCAGAAGGAGUCUGAGCUCAGGAAGAAUUCAAAGGCUCAGGGGAAAUCUGAGCCCGAGAAGAAUUCUAAGGCUCAGAAGAAGUCUGAGCUCGGGAAGAAUUCAAAGGCUCCGCAGACGUCUGAGCUCGAGAAGGAUUCUAAGGCUCAGAAGAAGUCUGAGCUCGAGACGAAUUCAAAAGCUCAGAAGAAGUCCGACAAGAAAGAGGAGCUAGAGGCUUCGAAGAAGUCCAAGCACAGAAAAAGUUCAGAGGCUCAGAAGGAGUCCGAAAGGGAAGACAAGAGAAAAGCUCCGAAGGAGGCUAAGGACAAUGAGGGUCCGGGGGCUCAGGAGGAGUCUCAUGAGGAAAAUGAUGUAAAGGCUAUGGACAAAAAGGAUACAAAGACUCCGAAGAAACUUGAGACGUCGAAGAAGUCUGGAGGCAAGAAGGAGUCUGAGUGCCCGAAUCCAUUGAAGUCGAGGAUCGGGGAUGGAAGGGAAAAAGACGCUGGCAGACAGGAUUCCAGGGCAUGGAGGUCUCCGUGUAAAGACGAGGAACUUCCUUCUGAUGGGACUUCUGAUAAGGAAGACCACGGAAAGGGGACGGGGAGCAGUUCCCAAGCUGGAGAGCCGAGAAGAUCGCCAACGAAGCGAAGGAAGGGGCUCGAGGCUCCGAAGGAAUCUAGAAGUAGACAGGCUGCUCAACAGGCUCAGCAGGAAUCCGAUGAGAGGAAGGUCUCUCCCUCGGAGCAGAGGAGCAAGAGAGAGAAAAAUGAGGGCGUCAAAGGAGAGGAACUGUCGAUACCCGAAGUCCUGGAGGGAAGACUUACGAGGAAUCGAACUUCCCGAACGGCAAGAGAAGAAGGUAGUAAAGGAACAGUUAGUCGAGAUGUGAAAUCGACAUCUGGGCAGGAGAAGAGACAGUCCUCUCAAGCUCAAUCUCCCAAUCGUGAAGAAGGUGGGAAAGGUGGGGAAGGGAAGAACCCAGGCAAGCAGCCUCCGCGCUCCCGAGCCACAGAGAGAGAGAACCCCACUGGCGGAUCCGCUGAUGAGAUUGACGAUGAGAAUAGGAUCAGGGAAGAUGAGCCUGGGGGUAGAACAUCGAAGUCUGCGUCAGGGGAGGACACGAUCUUCUUCGAGAGGAAGAAGCAGGGAGCGAUGACUGGAGCCGUGAAGGGUGCAGAAUUGUCGGAAGCGCACACUGAUGGAGAUGAGCCCAAAGGGGAAAAAUCUGCCGACAAUGGCGAAUUGAAGGAGAAUGCGAAGUCUUCGAAAGCCCCGCGCCUGGGAAGGAAUCCAUUCGAGAAAAAAUCCAUCUUUGAGGAAGCGGUUGAUGCGAUGAAGAGUUUGAGGAAAAAGUCGACGACGUUCAAAAAUCGAAGCUGGAGCAUGAAGCUCCCGUUGUGGAAAAAGAAGAAGAUCCCUGACGAGGGAAAAUAUCACGAAGCGAGGACGGAGGUCGUGGAGGAUGCAGAACUGCCGGAAGCGCGAGCUGGAGAAGAUGAGCUCACCGGGAGAAAAUCUGCCGUCAAGGCCAAGGACGGCGACGGCAAGGAGGAUGCGAAACCAUUCGAAGCCCUCAGCUUGAAAAAGAAGCUAUCCGAGAAAAAAUCCAUCUUCGGGAAAGCGGCUCAUGCGAUAAAGAAGUUGAGGAAGACAGUCGACGACGUCAGAACGCUCAAACCCGAGGAUAAUUCUCUGGGUACGAAACGAGAAGAAGGUGGUAAGGGGGGAAAUCAUGAAGUUGAGCAAUCGGAAUUGCGACGGAGGGAAAGAAACUCCUUCCAAGGUAAAUCUCCCCAUCGUGGAGAAGCGGAGACGGAAGCCGAGGAGGGUGCAGGGUUCUCGAAUAGGCAAGCUGAAAGACAUGAACCAGCCGGGAAAGAAUCCGCCGAUAUAGCAAUGAACAGUGAAGGCGAGGAGGAUGCGAAGUCACGGGGAACCUCAAGCGUGAAGGAGAAGCCUUCGAAGAAGAAAUCCAUCUUCGAAGGAGCAGCUGAUCUGAUGAAGGGUUUGAGACGGAAAGUUGAUGUCAAGAAGCUCAACCCGAAGAACGCGGCAAAAGAUUUAUCGAAACCUGGAACGGAGGACGAGGGAGAGAACUCCGACGGAGCGGAGUCAUUGAAGAUGGCGAGUCAGAAGAAGAAUCCACCCGAAGGGCAACCAGUCGAGAUAGCUCAGAAGGCAGCUGAGACAGUCAAUAAUUCGGGAACCGAGCUCGCGGACGCUGAAGCAGAUCCGAUGGUUAAGAACGGGAUGAAAGGAGCCGGCAUAUCUUGGCAAAUGAGUAGCGGCAGAAGUUCUGGUGGGAGUGAAGAAGUUUCGGCCAAGAGUGAAAGUAGGAAGACGAAAGCGAAAGGCAGAAAGGCGGUUCGCCCGACAACGCCUUACUUUUUGUGGAUGCUGCGGAAUGUGGACCGGAUCAAAGCUGACAACCCUGGUCUGAGCGUCGUCGAAAUCGCGAAGAUUUGCGGCGAAGAGUGGAACGAGCUUUCUGAUCAAGAAAAAUGGGUGAAAAAGAAUAAAAAAGCCCGGGAGGAAUGGCGCAAAAAGCACGGACCCUACAAGAAGGGGGCGCGUCAAAAGAACGCUAGCGAAAAAGAUGAAAAAAGCGCAAGUAGAAGCCGCAAGAGUAAAACUGAAGAGGGCAGCGAGGAUGAUGACGACGACACUGAGGAGAAUGAUGGUGGCGCUACAGACAAUGACGAAGACGAGGACCAAAGUGGCGAAUAG